AUGUCAUCUCUUUCCGUGUUUCCUAUUCUCAAACUACCGAUUCUGUGUAUCGAGUCUAUUCUGAAUCAGUUCGAAGUAUAUGAUAAUGAACACCUGAGAUUCUACCCGUUUCGGUUCACUGAUCCACAGCAAACUUUGAAAUCAGCUAUCUCUUAUUUCAUGGAUUUGUUCAACAUUCAUGUUCGUCGUGUUAAUAUAGCUCCUGAUGAGUUCCCUAAUACCAGGAAAUUCAUUUUCCCAGGAUGCAAUCAAUGCGAAAAAGUGAGGAUCACUGGAAAUAUUCCAAUUAAAACAUAUAUGUUGAAACACUUUCUUGAAAGCUUCAAAAUAACGGAAUGCCUUUCAUUUAAUAUCCCAUUUGAAUCAGACUUUUACCUCGAUCCAAUUCAUUUUGCGAAGGACGAAAUUCACUUUCUAAACAGUUCAUCCAAUUGGAUUACUCGUGAUGUUUUUUUCAAUUUAAAAAAUCAGAGAAUUCAAAUGUAUGACUGUGAUAUAUCUAAAGUGAAUGUGAAAGACUUUGAACUGUUUGUGGAUAGAUGGUAUCACUCGAAUGAUACAGAAUUUGAAAUACUUGUUAUGAUGUGGAACGUUUUUCCUGGCAUACUAGAUAUCGAAAGAUUCAAUCCAAUGCCAUGGGAUAAGAACAAGAGAAGCAAAAGUAUUAUCGUACAUCCGGAUUUCGAAAUAGAUUGCUCUGAAGGCAUGGACAUCGAACGAAGUGAUGGAUCACUGGCUACUGUUUCAAAGAGAAUAAACAAUAUGAUACUUUUUUAUGUUUGGAAUGGCCCGAAAACUUGCUUCUGA